CGGUAUAUCAGUGUGGCAUUUGAAAGUCGAGGUCAUAUAUGAAAAACUUUGUUGGACACGCGAUCUAAAAAGCUAGUUCGAUUUCCUCUAAAACCAAUUAUUCAUCCCAAUAAGAUUUGUUAUGCCGAAAAUUGAGUAUAUUGGUCGUCCAUCUUUACACUUCUACGGCAAGCUCCUGUCAGAAAUAGCCAAAAACCUUAAAAAUCGCGCCAAAGGUAGAGUAGUAAUAAAGGAAACUGAAACAGUAAAAUUCAAGGAGCCAUGCUAUUACAUUUUAAAAAAUGUUGUUCCACUUAUGUCCGAUAAAUCGGAUGUUAGAUGUAGAGCAUGGGGUAUACGUGUAUUCCGUGGUCGAAAUCUUGGCUAUUGUCUCCUACCGAAUACACAUGAACCAGAUUGGCGUCUACUAUCACCUAGUGAAGCUGAACGUCUAACGUCUAUGUCAUCAGAAACUGAUUUGGUCGCUCCGGAUGUUCCAGUUAGCUGCGUUGCUCAAGCUCCCCCUUUAUUGACAAUAUUUUUACGAAGGAAAAAUGUACUUCCGCCACAAGUAGUCGAAGAAGCUGAAAAAUCUACUCACUCUUUAGAUAUACAACAAUCAAUGAGAGAGGCUAGUGGUUUAUUAUUGUUAACACCUCACCGCUAUGAUCCAACAAGUUUCAAAUCUAUUGUUGUAGAGUUUUAUUCAUCCUCAAUCUCUCAAUAAUGACAUGAAGAAAUCUAUAAAUAGCAAUAACUGGAGUAAAGAAAAUUUUAUGUACAAAGAAUAUUCUCUCCAAUAAAUUCUCCUUAGGUUCUACAGUUGUAUACCCAAAUUAAUAAUUCAGUUCCUAUUGAACCGACUUCCUCGGAGAAAUCACGUAUGUAUCCUCCAUAUGAAUGGUCAGCUAGAAAAGGAUUAAUUAUAAAGCCAAAUUUAGAUCGAGAUUCUUAUUUAAUUCGUCGAUCUGAUACACCUGGAUUGUAUUGGCGUGUUCAUUUAGCGAAAUCUUCCAAAACAGAACAAGAUAGUGAAACAGUUUCAGACAGGAAAUUGUUAUAAAAAGAAUUGGAUUAGCUAUAUUCUUGAUUGUUGAUAAUACAGUACUUAUUCAUGUA